AUGAGCUCCCCAGGCAGUGCCAGCAGUGCCUUCCCUCUGCAUGUCCUGGUCUGGAAUAACGACUACAGGCGGCUGGAGCAGGAGCUGCAGGGCAAGGACGUGGAGCAGCGUGACCCGCGGGGCAGGACCUUACUGCACCUGGCUGUGUCCCUGGGCUACGUCGAGUCUGCCAGAGUCCUCCUGCAGCACCAGGCAGAUGUGAGCAAGGAGAACGCACAGGGAUGGACAGUGCUGCCUGAGGCUGUCAGCACAGGGGACCCAGAGCUGGUGCAAAUGAUCCUGCAGCACAGGGACUACCAGCAGGCCUCCAGGACACUGGGAGGAGUUCCAGAGUUACUGCAGAAAAUCAACCAGACCCCUGACUUCUAUGUGGAGAUGAAGUGGGAGUUCACGAGCUGGGUGCCCCUGGUGUCUCGUGUGUGCCCCAGUGACGUGUGCCGCAUCUGGAAGAGUGGGGCCAAGCUGCGUGUGGACUUGACCCUGCUGGGCUUCGACAACAGGAGCUGGGAGAGGGGCAGGAGGACCUUGAUUUUCAAGGGAGAAGACACAGGAGGUUGGGCAGAGCUCAUCGAGAUCAACCACGACGACAGGUUUGUGACCACAGAGAGGUUUGAGAUCUCCCAACACAUGAAGCAGCUGACCCUGGGGUCGAUGACACCCAAGAGGAAGGAUGUGGAGAGACGUCUCACCACUCCCAUCAUCAGCACUCGCCUGGACACCAGAAACAUUGCUUUUGAGAGAACCACAUCUGGAUUCUGGGUCUGGAGGACAGAAAAAGCAGAAGGUGUCAAUGGUUAUGAAGCCAAGGUGUAUGUGGCAAACAAUGUCAAUGUGGUCACACGGAUCCGGACAGAGCAUCUCACAGAGGAGGAGAAGAGGAGAUACAAAGCUGACAGGAGCCCCUUGGAAUCAUUCCUGGGCACAGUGGAGCACGAAUAUGGUGCUCAGAGUACAACCAAGACAGAGUAUGCUGCAACCAACAACCCCACUGCUAUCACUCUGGAGGAGUACUUUGACCCAGGCUUUGAUCUGAAGGGCAGAGACAUAGGGAGGCCAAAAGAAGUCACCAUUAGGACACAGAAGUUUAAAGCAACCCUGUGGAUGAGUGAGGAGUUCCCCUUGUCCCUGAUGGAACAAGUCACUCCCAUCAUCGACCUGAUGGCCAGAAAUAGUGCUCAUUUUGCCAGGCUGAGGGAUCUCAUCACUCUGGAAUUUCCACCAGGAUUUCCUGUCAAAAUUGAAAUUCCUCUGUUCCACGUGCUCAAUGCCAGAAUUACCUUUGAAAAUGUCAACAGCUGCAGGACAGCUGAGAAAUCCUCCUCACAGGUGGCUGGAGCUGCACAGGGUGAUGCAGGUGCUGAUUUUGAGGUUGACCAGUCUGUGUUUGAGAUCCCCAAAUCCUACCACAUCCAAGAUGAUGGCAGGAACAUCCACGUGCAGGAUGAGGACAAUGAGAUCAUGCAGUUUGCCAUCCAGCAGAGCUUGUUGGAAUCUGGUGGAAGCAAGGAGCUGGGAUUGCAUUCCAACGGAGCAGUUGCACAUUCCCAGGACUUCAACAUACAGUACCAGAGGGCACUGCAGGAGAGCUUUCUGGCCAGCUCAGGGAACCCCCACUGCAGCCUCCCUAGGGAACCUUCCAGCUUUGAGCAGGACUUGCAGCGUGCCCUGGAGCUGUCCGUGCGGGAGCAGGAGGAACGGGAGAAGCAGCAACGUGAGGAGGAAGAUGCUGAGCUCCAGCAAGUUCUACAGCUUUCUCUGGUGGAAAAAUAG